GGGGCUGAAUCAACCUGCAGCACGAAUGAGAGGGGAGGUAGGAGGCUUCUGUGACACAGAUUUUUCAGCUACUGUUCCCAAGGUUUCCAGGACCGAGGAGACUUCAUAAUUGGUUGAGAGCAGACAGACUUUUUGGCCAAUCAAACUUAGAGCUGAGGUGGGAGAUCUGCUCUUCCGGCCUGCCUCUCCUCCUCCAGUUCCCUAGCUCCCCUUACAUCCAACUCCCCUCCCCCACCCACCCCCGCCGGUUGGUGACUAAGAAAGGCUGCAGGCAGGCAAAGCUCAGAGCAGUUUUUAAAGAGGCUGGAAGGAGACAUAAGAGACUUCAGCUCCUGCAUUCCAAGCGCUUGGUUUACCUUGGAGACAGGACAGACAGCACAGUACUCUCCAGGAAGGGACUUCUGGGUCAUGGGGUCUAUGGCAUCCCCACAGCUCGCAGGGAAAUGGCAAGUGCUGUAUAUGUUGUCCUUGUGCUGCUGUGGCUGGGUGUCUGGGCAGCUUCGUUAUUCAGUGGUGGAGGAAUCUGAGCCGGGGACGUUGGUGGGGAAUGUUGCUCAGGAUCUGGGCUUAAAGGUGACAGAUCUGUUGAGCCGCAGGCUGCGAUUGGGCUCUGAGGAGAAUGGGCGCUAUUUUUCCCUGAGCUUGGCGAGUGGUGCUUUGGCAGUGAAACUAAAGAUUGACCGGGAGAGCCUGUGUGGAGCCAGCGGUAGCUGCCUGCUCCCUGUACAGGUGGUGACUGAACACCCCCUGGAGCUCAUCCGAGUAGAGGUAGAGAUCCUGGAUCUCAAUGACAACUCUCCUAGCUUUGCCACUCCUGAGCGAGAGAUGCGAAUCUCAGAAUCUGCUGCGCCAGGGGCCAGGUUCCCACUGGAUAGUGCUCAAGAUCCAGAUGUGGGCACCAACACUGUGAGCUUUUAUACUCUAAGCCCCAACAGUCAUUUCUCUCUGAAUGUGAAGACCCUGAAAGAUGGGAAGCUAUUCCCAGAGCUAGUGCUAGAGCAGCAGCUAGACCGUGAAACCCAGGCAAGACAUCAGCUGGUGCUCACUGCUGUGGAUGGGGGAACCCCAGCCCGCUCAGGGACCAGCCUUAUCUCUGUCAUUGUGCUGGACAUCAAUGAUAACGCUCCAACCUUCCAGUCCUCAGUUGUACGCGUGGGACUCCCAGAGAACACACCCCCAGGUACACUGCUGCUCCGUCUCAAUGCCACUGACCCAGACGAGGGCACCAAUGGCCAACUAGAAUACUCUUUUGGAGACCAUACAUCUGAAGUAGUAAAGAAUCUCUUUGGCUUGGAUCCUAGCAGUGGAGCAAUCCAUGUGCUGGGUCCAGUUGAUUUUGAGGAGUCAAAUUUUUAUGAAAUUCAUGCAAGAGCCCGAGACCAGGGACAGCCGGCCAUGGAGGGCCACUGUGUGAUUCAAGUGGAUGUAGGGGAUGCUAAUGACAAUCCCCCUGAGGUGCUACUGGCAUCUUUGGUCAACCCUGUGCUAGAGAGCACACCAGUGGGCACAGUAGUGGGGUUGUUUAAUGUGCGGGAUCGAGACUCAGGUAGAAAUGGUGAGGUGAACCUGGAUAUAUCUCCAGACCUGCCAUUUCAGAUCAAGCCUUCUGAAAACCACUACUCACUGCUGACCAGCCAGCCUUUGGAUCGGGAAGCCACGCCCCAUUAUAUCAUCGACCUGCUGGCCAGUGAUGCUGGGUCACCUCCUCUACACACACAUCUCACCAUCAGGCUGAAUAUUUCAGAUGUUAAUGACAACGCACCCCAUUUCACCCAACAGCUCUAUACUGCUUAUAUCCCAGAAAAUCGGCCGCCAGGCUCUCUCCUCUGUACCGUGGCUGCCUCAGAUCCAGACAUGGGGGAUAAUGCCCGCCUUGCCUACUCUAUUGUAGGAAGUCAAAUUCAGGGAGCCCCAGCCUCCUCCUUUGUGUAUGUCAACCCUGAGGAUGGACGAGUCUUUGCCCAGCGGACCUUUGACUAUGAAUUGCUACAGAUGCUACACAUUGUGGUGGGGGUUCGAGAUUCUGGCUCUCCCCCAUUGCAUGCUAACACAUCCCUCCAUGUGUUUGUCCUCGACCAGAAUGAUAAUGCCCCAGCUGUGUUGCACCCAAGACCUGGCAGGGAGCUCUCAGCCCCCCAACGUCUCCCUCGAUCUGCUCCUCCUGGUUCUUUGGUCACCAAGGUGACAGCUGUGGAUGCUGAUGCAGGCCAUAAUGCAUGGCUCUCUUACUCUCUAUUACCACAGUCCACAGCCCCUGGACUGUUCCUUGUGUCUGCACACACUGGUGAGGUGCGAACUGCCCGGGCCUUAUUGGAGGAAGACUCUAAUACCCAACAGGUGGUCGUCCUGGUGAGGGACAAUGGAGACCCUUCACUGUCCUCCACAGCAACAGUACUGCUGGUCCUGGAGGAUGAGGAUUCAGAGGAAAUGCCUAAAUCCAGUGACUUCCUCACACACCCUCCCGAGCGGUCAGACCUCACCCUUUACCUUAUUGUGGCUCUAGCAGCUGUCAGCCUCUUAUCCUUAGUUACCUUCACUUUCAUGUCAGCUAAGUGUCUGAGGGGACAUGAAGAUGGGGAUCGGGGUGGGGGCCAGUGCUGUCGCAGCCAGGACUCACCCUCUAGGGAGUUCUAUAAGCAGUCCAGCCCCAACCUGCAGGUGAGCUCCGAUGGCACACUAAAGUAUAUGGAGGUGACCCUGCGGCCCACAGACUCGCAGAGCCAUUGCUACAGGACAUGCUUUUCGCCAGCUUCCGACGGCAGUGACUUCACUUUCCUCAGGCCCCUCAGCGUUCAGCAGCCUUCAGCCCUGGCGCUGGAACCUGAGGCCUUGCGUUCUCGCUCUAGUACGCUGAGGGAGCGGAACCAGCAAGCCCCGCCCAACACCGACUGGCGUUUCUCUCAAGCCCAGAGACCCGGCACAAGCGGCUCCCAAAAUGGUGAUGAAACCGGCACCUGGCCCAACAACCAGUUUGAUACAGAGAUGCUGCAAGCCAUGAUCUUGGCCUCUGCCAGUGAAGCUGCUGACGGGAGCUCCACUCUGGGAGGGGGCGCUGGCACCAUGGGUUUGAGUGCUCGGUAUGGACCCCAGUUCACCCUGCAGCAUGUGCCUGACUACCGCCAGAAUGUGUACAUCCCCGGCAGCAAUGCCACACUGACCAAUGCGGCUGGCAAACGAGAUGGCAAGACUCCAGCAGGCGGUAAUGGCAACAAGAAGAAGUCGGGCAAGAAAGAGAAGAAGUAAUAUGGAGGCCAGGCCUUGAGCCACAGGGCAGCCUCCCUCCCCAGCCAGUCCAGCCUGUCCUUACUUGUACCCAGGCCUCAGAAUUUCAGGGCUCACUCCAGGAUACCGGUAGGAGCCAAGGCCAUGCUCCCCAUUGGGAAACAGAAACAAGUGCCCAAGUCAACACCCCCUCUCUGUGCCCUGAGGGGUUGAAUAUGCAAAGAGAGUUCUGCUGGGAACCCCUAUCCAAUCACUGAUUGUACCCAUAAGGGUAGUAGGGUUAGCAUGGACACAACACGCCACGCUCCCCUUAGUUACAGCUGAACUCCUCCACCUUCCAACUCAGCCAGGUUCAUCCAUCUGCUUCCCUCUCCCACCCCACCCACUCCUGCAAUCCCUCUCUUAAGCAAGGUGUUCCGGCUGCUGAGGGGGCAGGUGACCCAAGCAGGCUCCUAGUUCUGGUGAGCUGGGCGAGUGUUAUAACCUUUUGGCCUCUCCAUUAGUUCAGCUUUCCCCCAAAGCAUGGUUUGGUACCAGUCUUCUCAUUUCCUUCUAGAGCCUGAGACCAAUGCUUAAGUUUGGGGGACACAGUCACCAUCCCCCUGGUACUGAUGCUUGCUGGGUUUUGGGGAAGGCAUUUUGCUACCCAGUCUCUUUUCACUGCCUGGGGACCAGUCUUUUGUUUUUCAUUGUUUGAUGUUCCCGCUGCAUGCUGUGACUUCCCUACUCCUCAAAGAAGAGACUCCUUUGCAUGUCUGGAGACAGUAGGGGGUGGUAAGCUAAAGGGAAGUUGGGUGUGUACUGAUGGGAGUUGGGCAGUGGGCAAAACAGCCCUGUUAACAGGGUCUUGGAAGGGGCUCUGUAUGUACCCAGGGUACUGGCCCAAGCCCCCAAUUCUAGCCAUAGGCAAACAACAGGCCAGACCCUCCACCCUGGUUCAGCUUGGGCAGCUUGGGCUGAGCCACCAGGACCAAUAGAUUUAAGCUGGCAUUUCAGUCCAAGAAGACUUCUAAGUGGAUUUAGGACCAGAGAGGAAGAGGGGCCUCUGUGGGUGCUGGGUACUCCAGAGGUGCCCCUGGUGGAAGGGUCAGUGGUCCUAGCAGGAAGGGAGCCCCAGUAAGGCCAUUCUUGCUGGGUUGAGUCAAGGAGCUAGAACAAGGGACCAAGUGGCCAUAAAGUCUCAGCCAAUGAUGGGGCUUCUCCACUGGGCCCCCGUAGUCCUCAAGCCCCAGGCAUCCACCUUACCAGGUGCCAUUUCUUCUCAGAAGGCCACUGCCCAGGCCCCCAGACCACCCCUUCAUGGCCAGAGACUGGUUAAAGCCCCCCAGUGCCUCCUUGUGCAUAGAACUUCCUCUGCCCACCCUCCUCUGCUCCAGCCCUUACAGUAGUGUAGAAGCUCCCUCCCCCACCCCCACCCCGGCUGGUGUAGAAUAGCCAAUAGUGUAGUGUGGUGUGCUUUUACGUGAUGGCGAGUGGGCAGCGGGCUGUGCCGUCUGUCCUUGAAUCUCAAUCUGCCUGCGCGGCCCGUGCUGUGUUUUGUGCUGUGUCCAUAAUGCUACGGCGACCCCCUCCCUGUACUGACUUCUCUAUAAAAGCUUCUCUUCGCAUAGUCACGUAGCUCCUGCCCAUCCUCCUUCUGAUAUCUCUCGCAAGUUUUAUACUCUAAUAUUUAUAUGGCUUUUUUCUUCAAAAAUUAAAAAUAAAAGUUUUCUUCUGAAA